GAAGAGGGAGGGACGGGGCGGGACGGGGGCCGGCGCGGACGGGACGAGAGUCGCCGCAGCCACCAGCUCCGCUGCAGCCGCGCACACACAACCCGCUCGGCCGCCGCCCGCCUCCCGCCGCUCGCCUCCCGCCGCCAGCCACCCGCCACCCGCCGCGGGUCCCGCGCCUCCGCCGGCUCUGCCGCAGCGCGCACGAGGAGGGGCCGUCCGCAGCCCGGGGGUGAUCGCCCGCCCGCCGCCCCUGCGCGCCCCCACCUCCAGCCACCUGCUCCGGGCCGCAGCCGGGACACCAUGCGCCCGGUGCUGGCGCUGCCCGCGCUGCUGCUGCUGCUGCUGCUGCCGCCGCCAGCUGUGCCCGAGACCCCGGCAGACUCCCCUGAUCAGCCGGCAGCAGACGCCAUAGACACACCCACGACAGCCAAACCCACAACCAAACCCAUCACCCAAGCUCCAGUCACUGACCCAGGCACCAGUCCCACGACAGCAUCACCGAGCACAGCCACAGGAGAUGACCAGAAAGGGGCAGCAGUGGACAGCAGCAGCGACACAGUGGACAAGUCCGGCAGCCCGGUGACCAGCCAGCCCCCUGUAACCCCAGACACGAAGACCACCACCACUCCUGUCAACACAGGGGACCAGCCCCCCACAAAGGCCACCGCCACAACCACUGCUGUUGGUGGUGGUGGCCACAAGGGCCCAGACAAGACCACGCCCUUAGUCACCACUCUUCCCACUAAGCCUGGAACCACCCAGGGUCCGAGUGGGGCUACAGGGGUCCCUGGGGUGCCAGGUGACCAGGGUGUCACCACCAUCACAGCGGCCACUAAGGGUGGAAGUCAGGCAGCCACUCUGCCCACAGACCUGACGACCUCCCAGAAUACCGCUGCUCCGGGCACCUCGGCCACCCAGCCAACCAACAGCCUGGCCACCCUGGGGUCCCUCACCAGCCUACCCGGGGGCUCAGGCAAAGCCACGACAGCACCCAGCAGUUCAGAGCCUGUGACAGGGCCCACCUCCAGGCCUCAGGGGACAUCAGUUACACCAACGACAACAGUUGCCCUACCAGGAAGCCAGCCUACCAGCAGCCAGCUGCCAGGUGUCACCAGAACCUCUCAUGCUGUCCCCAGGACCCCUUCCUCUGAGACCACACAGCCUGCAAGCCCUUCACCCGGAUCCGUGGCCACUCAUGACUUUGGGGGGAGCACAGGCUCCAAUACUCCACUGGCUUCAACUGUCCCCUACUCCCACCACUCUUCUCCCACUCCGACUCCUAGCACGAGGGUGGAGUGUGAGCACUCCGAGAAGCUGACAGAGUACAUGCUGGUCCUGAACCUCACCACCCCGGAUGUCUGUGUCAAGAGCCUUCCAGAUGACAACUUGGUCAAACUUGUGUGCCAGGCAGCCAAACCCAGCUUUGACUCUCGUCGAGAUGAAUGCAUUCUGCGGCUGGCACCUGUUCCAGAAAAUGAUUUUGUGGCUAUCAAAGAGAUCACCAUCAGAACAAAGCUCCCUCCCAAGGAAGUGUUUGAGUUGCUGAAGGACAAGUGGGAUGACCUGAAAGUGGCGGGCAUCAGUGACAUGCGGCUGGGGGAGCAGGGUCCCCCAGAAGAGGCGGAGGACCGCUUCAGCAUGCCACUCAUCAUCACCAUCGUCUGCAUGGCCUCCUUCCUGCUCCUCGUGGCGGCCAUCUACGGCUGCUGCCACCAGCGCCUGUCUCAGAGGAAGGACCAGCAACGACUCACAGAGGAGCUGCAGACGGUGGAGAACGGUUACCAUGACAACCCCACACUAGAAGUGAUGGAGACCUCCUCAGAGAUGCAGGAGAAGAAGGUGGUCAGCCUGAACGGGGAGCUGGGGGACAGCUGGAUCGUCCCUCUGGACAACCUGACCAAGGAUGACCUGGACGAGGAGGAAGACACGCACCUCUAACCCGUGGGCAGCCACGUGACCGCCUCAAGUGCCGUGGAGACGGGGAGGAGGAUGCUCCCUGCACAGGAGGGGGAGAUCUGAGGAGAACUCCAAGACUUCGAGGGGUGGGGGUCCCUCCUCUCAAUCCCCCCCCCACAGGGGCCUUACUUUUUUCCUUCCACCCCUCCCCCCCACCCCAAGCUGAACAAGUCACAUUCUGUCUAGAUUCCUCUUGUAAGAUAGCCCACUAGUGCCAGAGCUCACGCUGCAGGGAGAGAGGGAGUAGGGAAGGAGCCAGGUCAGACCUUGGGAAGCUCCUGGGAGAACCCACUACAUUCCACACAGGAGGUGGCUCUGGCCAGAGGCAGGAGGACAGCCCAGAUGAUCCCUUUCUUCAGUCCAGUGCUCAGGGCUGAAGCUCCCUAGACUGGCAGAUGGGGUGUGGACAGGAGAGGAGGCCCAGCUCCAGGGCCAGUGGGCUCUCCUUCCCAGCCCUGUCUGCCAGUGCUCCUGUCAUCGCCUCUGUCCUCCUUCCGCUCCUCACUUUGUCCCAGGGCUUUAGGGGCUCAUAUCAUUUGUAACCUAGAACUCCUGAUUCUGAGUUCUGCUUUUCUUGCAUUUACACAGUGAGCUUGGAACUGACUUCCAGUGUGAAGCAGGUUUGCUGAAGGGACAGCUACAGGUGGAGACAGAAUUGGGUGCCCUCCACCCCCUAACCCCCUCCCAGAUCAGGGUGGUCUUGGACCACCCACACCCCCAUCUAUAAGUGGCUCCCCCAGAGCACUCUGGUUCUCCCACCCUGUGCUGGGGACUGGAAUCUAUGACAGCUCCUGGCCCUGUUCCAAGGCUCACUGUCCGCCUCUUGGGGCCCGGAGAGUGGGGAUAACCAGGCAGGUUAUCAGGGCUGUAGCUUUAGGACAGGCUCCUCCCUCCCUGGGACCCCCGUCAGCACACACGUCUUCAGAGACAAUCCACGGAAACAGCCCAGGAGGCAAGGCUUGCCUCUCCAUUCCAUAGGAAACUCAGGGCCUGUUCAUCACCGAGCAAAGUCUUGUCAUGUUUGUCUGUCUGUCUUUCCUCCCCAUCUACCGAAAGCCAAAGCUCAGAUUGCUGGGGAGACUGUUCCCUUAGCACUCCCCACCUCACCCCCAACUCUGGCUCCUAUGUGUCACUGGGCAGUAGUGGCCAAGAACGCAUUGUAAAGAACAGCACACACACACAGACACACACACACACACACACACACACACACACACCCAGGGUUGGCACUCUGUCCCUGGUCACUGGGCUAUGUCCUUCUCUCUGCCCCCUGUGGGGCUCCCCACUUCUCCUCCAGAUGCUCUGGUGGCAUCUCAGGGAAAUAGCACUGUCUUGUCCCCCCUUUCACCAAUGAAAUUCUGGGGUAUGGGGAGCCUCAGAUGGAAUGCCUUGUGGGGUUCUUUCUGGCCUUGGGUCUUGGGCUUUUAUUCCAGGGCUUAAAUUCCCUGGUACUGGCUAUAACCAAGGGUCUGGAUGACUUAGAAGAACACUUGUCAUUUCAGGCCCAUGGAACAGGCCAUCUGCUUCGGGCAAGGUGACUUUGUGAGAGAGGGCAGGGGGGUGGGGGCUUAGGAGGAAGCUCGACACCAUGCCCUGGCUGAAUGGUUCUGUGAAGUCUUACACCUUUGCUAUCCUAGGGGAGGGGGCAAGGAAGCCCACCCCCUUACUCCCCACGUGAGCUUCUCAAGAGCUGAGGGAGAUGCUAGGCUACCAAGGAGCCCCAAGUAUCAAGUAUAAGCCCCAAGUAUUGCCCUGGUCAUCUAGAACUGAGAGACUGGGCAGUACAGGGUCAGUACCCAGUGAGGAGGAAAUGGUGGAAAUCUCGCUAGGCUGAGGCAAAGGCUGUUAGCUUCCUCCCUGCCCAAAAGUUGGUCUCUUCUUGGCCACACCUCACCAGCCAGACCUCUGCUUACACACACACACACACACACACACACACACACACACACACUACACACUAACUAGAGACUUACCUAGAAUUUCUCGGGGAGAGAAAUGCUGAGGUCUGUUUAUGCCACCAGACAUCUGUGUCAUCAAAGGCCAUCAGCCUUGUCAGCAUCUUUAUCCUACACCGUGUGCGGUUCUAAACAAUAUCCUGUAAUGCAGAUUCUGGGGCUGAGACAAGAACACUAGGAUCUCUACUGGAUUCGAAGCACAUCAUUGGCCAAGAGAGAUGGUCAGAUACUCAUUUCAGUGUCAAGCCCCAAAUGCUAGCCCAGCCCAGACUCCGGGUGUUGGGACAAGGUCCCCUGGGACACAUGUAUACAGGUGGGUGGGAGAGGAGCAGGGGUGUUGAGGGAUGAGUCUGGAAUAUUCUUGGCGUGGUGGAACAGAAUAUGAGUUUAAUCUAAUCUAGCCACAUCACAGGAGCCUCUGCAUCCCUUCUUGCUAAGAAAGUUUAUUUAAACUACUUCUGAAGCUUUAUCCUCUUGAACAAUAUACUGGAGAAACUUGGAAAAGCUAGUUCAAGUUGAUACAUCUAUACAUAUAUGGGGGUAAUGUAAAUAUUGGGGUCACAUGUCAACCCCCCUGCACUGCUUUAAGUGAAUAUAUUUUGGGGAAGUUUUUUGUUUAGCUAAGGGAAUGGCUUUUUUUGUUGUUGUUUUGUUCUUCCUCCCCUGUGCUGAAUAGGAAUGUAAAUAUCUAUUUUACUAGCCAUGAUAAGCUUCUGGUUUUUCGUUCAUGAAAAAUGGAAUAUGAGACAGGCUGAUGGCAAAAGAUUUGUCUUGCAGAUGAAGCAUUUUUAAUUAUUAUUAUUUUUUUUUAAGUAUGACCCUUCAAGCCUACCCUACCUUCCACCCCUCCAUGAAAAGUCCUAGUCAGAUUUACUGGAGUCAUUAAACACUGGAUAGAAAGUGAUAUUCUUGUCUUAGGGAGAGGGUUUUAGAGACCCAGUUCCAUCUUUUUUACAGAAAAGAAAGGGUGCAAAGUCCAGAAGGGUAAAGUGAUUUAGCCCAAAUCAAAAGCAUAAAGUUAGUGACAGGAAACAGAUUCAAACUCAGGCCCAAAGGUUGUGCAGUGUCGUGCUGUGUGCUCUAGAAGGAAUCAGAAAACUAAGGGCAGACCCAAGGGGGUGAUGAACCGAGUUUCCUUCCUUGCUCCUCCUGCAGUAAGGGUAGAGAAGCGGUGGAGACAAAGCUAGGACCCUCCUCGGUUAUUUAGGGCUGACUUAAUGAACAAUGCCUUCUGCCAACAAACAAUUUCUUCCUGAAUGAGCUUUGAACCAUGGGUUCUCUGCUAGCUGGGCUAAGGAUCUAAGGGGCCAGGGAAAGGGAAGGACAGGCUCUCCCAGGUUUGUCACUAGGUGGUUCUUUCCGGUGUGACAGUGCUACACACCAGGGGCUGGGAGCGACUGUCCUAUGGGAUGUGGAGCUUACUGUUAUUUGUGGAUGUUUCCGACCCUUUGCCCAGAAGAUUGGGGGGAAGCCAUGUGUCUUAGAGAACAGGGGUCUGCAGUACACUGGCAUUUACUGAGAAACUGGUUUGUAAAGACUAUCUAAUUAUUGCCAUUUUUUUCUUACGAAAGCAUAUUUUGGAAAAUUGUAUACUGUCAAUUAAAGUGCUUUUGUGUA